AAUCGCGUCUCUGCCUGUCUGUGUGUGUUUGUGUUGGAGGUCUGGUUCAGGCUGCCUUGUCAGCUUCACACUUUGUAUGUAUCAAUGCAGGGCAAUGGGCAUCUUGCAAACAUGGCUAAGAACGCAACCGCUUUCACGAUCGUGUUGUGGGCUGUGCUGCUUGGGACCUGCACCGGCCUGAGAUGUAACUGCACGCAAUGCGACAGGACGGAUUUCCAGUGCGAAACGGACGGGGCGUGCAUGGCCUCCACCUCCUACAUCAACGGGGUGGAGCACCACGUGCGCAUGUGCAUCCCAGCCAGGGAGCUGGAGCCUGCCGGCCAGCCCAUCUACUGCCUGAGCGCCAAGGACCUGCGAAACACCCACUGCUGCUACACGGACUUCUGCAACAACGUGGACCCGGGCCGGCCCAGCGGCACCCCCAGUGGGUUUGGCUACACGCCCUCCGGCUGGGGCCCGGUGGAGCUGGCCGUGGUGAUCGCCGGCCCUGUGUUCCUGCUCUGCGUGAUCCUCAUCGUGGCCGUCUUCCUGUUCCAGCACCACCAGCGCGUUUACCACAACCGGCAGCGACUCGAGGCGGAGGAGCCCUCCUGCGACCACCUGUACCUGGCCAAGGACAAGACCCUGCAGGACCUGAUCUUCGACCUGUCUACCUCGGGGUCCGGCUCCGGCCUCCCCCUGUUUGUGCAGCGCACAGUGGCCCGGACCAUCGUUCUGCAGGAGAUCAUAGGGAAGGGUCGCUUCGGGGAGGUGUGGAGAGGGAAGUGGCGCGGAGGCGACGUGGCCGUGAAGAUCUUCUCCUCCCGGGAGGAGCGCUCCUGGUUCAGAGAGGCUGAGAUCUACCAGACCAUCAUGCUGCGGCACGAGAACAUCCUGGGCUUCAUCGCCGCCGACAACAAGGACAACGGGACCUGGACUCAGCUGUGGCUGGUGUCAGACUACCAUGAGUACGGCUCCCUCUUUGACUACCUGAACCGCUACUCCGUGACCAUUGAGGGCAUGAUCAAGCUGGCCCUGUCCGCAGCCAGUGGCCUGGCCCACCUGCACAUGGAGAUCGUCGGCACGCAAGGUAAGCCUGGUAUUGCACACAGAGACCUGAAGUCCAAGAACAUCCUGGUGAAGAAGAACGGCAUGUGUGCCAUCGCGGACCUGGGGCUGGCAGUGCGGCACGACUCUGUGACCGACACCAUCGACAUCGCACCCAACCAGCGCGUCGGCACCAAGAGGUACAUGGCCCCUGAGGUUCUGGACGAGACGAUCAACAUGAAGCACUUCGACUCGUUCAAGUGUGCGGAUAUCUACGCUCUGGGCCUGGUCUACUGGGAGAUCGCUCGCCGGUGCAGUGCGGGAGGAAUCCAUGAAGAGUACCAGCUCCCAUACUACGAGCUGGUGCCCUCUGACCCCUCCAUCGAAGAGAUGCGCAAGGUCGUGUGUGACCAGAAACUGCGGCCCACCGUUCCCAACUGGUGGCAGAGCUACGAGGCGCUGAAGGUGAUGGGGAAGAUCAUGAGGGAGUGCUGGUACUCGAAUGGGGCGGCCAGACUCACGGCUCUGCGGAUCAAGAAGACCCUCUCCCACCUCAGCGUUCUGGAAGACGUCAAGAUCUGAACGACCAACGAAAACCAGACAAAAAAUCACCCAAACAAAAAAAAAAAAAUAGCACGACGAAACAAAAAUAAAACCUGCCAGUCAAGCCACACGAGACAAAGGCCUACCUCACCUUUUUAGCCGAAACUACUGAUAUUUUUAAAAAACGUUCCCCCCCCUCUGUCCACUGUUCCCUCUGGACCAAGGACUGGGUAAGCCGGACUGAAACUCGUGGUUCUGUUGGCAGUUAAAAAAAGUGUACAGUUUUGUGACACAAAUAUCACACAGACAAACUGACUAAUGUGCAAUGUAUUUGACCCACUAAACACCUGUGUGUGUAAAUGAUGUGAACGAGGACAAGGAUGUGAUAUUUCAUUAUCUUUAAAAUAAUAUUUAAGGCUGUUCAGCCACGCUGUAACUAGAGCUAAUGUGAAAUCUGUGAAUUGAGGGGGGGAGAGGGAGGGACGGAGGGGUGUUUAUAGCAAGCGUUAGCAAACAGAAUGUUACUGUCUUCUCUUUCUUUCAAACCCACCACUGUCAGAUUUCAGUAAAUGUGCUUUUAGAAGAAGCCUCCGUCCCUGUUGGGGUUUUUGUUUUGUUUUAUUUCUGUUUACCUGCGUUUUGAAGGCUUUCAAUUCGUUUUUUGGGGAACUAUAAAAAGGAAUCUGCACGGACUCCCAGCACCCCGAACCCUAACCCUGGUCGAACGCUAGCGCUUCCACGAGGUGCCCGGCUGGGUUUUUAACUUUGUCAAUCCCACUUUGGUGGCUUCAUACGUCUGCUUUCUUGUUGUUGUUCAUGGAAUGUCUUGAAAUUGCAGCUUGCAAGGAUCUUAACGGGAAAUGUGAUUUUUGUUUUGUUUGCACACCUUUUAAUUUGCAGAGGGCAGCGGUACUGGUAAGAAAUGAUUCUGCGAUUCACGAUGCCUCCCUCUGCUCUGAAUACACUUGAAUUGUCUUUGUAAAUUAACAGAGAGAACUCGCUUUGACUGUUUAAAAGGGAAGACUUCAUCUUAAAGGCAGUUAAUGUAGACAAAUUGAACUCAAACUGCAAAACAAACCAUCUAACAAGCCAUAACCGUGGAUCAGAUUGCAGUCGUUUGAGGAGGGAAGGGCAUGUUUUUAAUGUAUUUUAUUUUUGUAAGUUGUAAUAUAUGAAUACCUCGAAUCCUUUAUAGAGGAGUUACACUGGAUUGUCUCUUUGUUUCUUUGUACUGUUAUGUACGUUUUGAUGGCUGUAUAAUUAAUGAUUAUUACAAUUAAAUUGGGUUUCUUAGAA